GUACAUGGGAUUUUAUGGCUGACUGACCAGCUAACAUCGUUCGUCGCACUUUCACUGUUUGUUUAACACGUCAGCUGCAGUAUUCAUCUUCGAGCUUGGGAACGAUGGGAGAAAAUAUGAAAAAAGAAGAUAUAGUUGUUGAAGAUAUGGUUGUUGAUUACCGUGUUUCGGAUGGGGGUUCAGCUUCAGUAAAUUCAGCUAAUGUUGAUGUAAUGAUAUCCGAUAGUUCCUCUAGAAAUAAUGCGAGAAAGUUGACUCCUGAGCAAAUAGCAGAAGUAAAGAAGAAGACAAAUCAAGUGCAAACGGAUAAAUACUUUGCUUUAAAGGAUGGUUAUUUUGAGCGAGCUGUUAAUUUCUCCAAGAAUGAAUUGCACAAUCCAGAGGUUGAUGGAAGUUACAUUGGAUCUUGGCUAGUUACUGAGAUAGAUCAUUGGGAUCAUGAGAAAGAAAGAUUGGUAAUGUUAACUGAAAAGCAGCUGAUUUUGGUGAAAUUCAAUUUCGUCAACAUGAAAAUCGACGAUCAUCGAAAAAUACCUCUUGUAAACUGCACAAGAAUCCAGACUGCCAAAUUAUCAUACUCAUCAAAUGCAUUUGGAUUCUACCAAGCCUCCAGGGAACGUUGUGAUCAGGUUGGUCUUCGUAUACACUGGAAUGCGGUUAAAGCUCCUGGUGUUCUGGAUUUCUGGAAUCCCUGGUCCAAAGAAAUCCCUAAUCUAACCCUUGCCACACAUACAUCUGUGUUGUAUAACGAAGCUUCGCCGGAAUUCGUGGAUUUCCUUGCCUUUCAAAAGUCGUUGAUUGCCGCUGCAUCUUCGGACUUAAGUCGCUCUUUAGUGACGGACGAAGAACCAAUUGUCAUCAACAUUAUUUUGGGAGUAACAGCGUUGAUAUUUAAUCAAAGUAAACUUGGUUUCUCGCGGGACAGAGGUGGAGUUUCGUUUUAAAUUAACUUGUAUUAAUCAAACUAACUUUGAGAAAAGCGUUUGAUGAAAGCGUGAACAUAGAGAGUCAAGUGUAUAGAACAAUAAUUUAGUAGAGAUCUUGUAAAUGUAGUUUUGAAUCAACAAACUUUGAUUCCAACAUAGUCUGCAGUAAAGUCCUGUUGAGACGAGAACACCUGUCAACCUGGACUUCGUCGUGUUAGGUAUGGAAAAAAUACUCAAGUAAUACUCAUUGAAUAGAAAUAUCUCUUGUGAGUUGUGAAGAAAUACUUUCAAACAAAAUUUGUCCAACACUGUA